AAUUCAUUUAUAAAAAGAUUGAAAAUUUCUCAAACGCUCCCAUAAGGAGAUUGUUUGUAAUUAGUUUUCGAAAAAUCUCUGAUAAUACAGUAUUGAUACCAACAUUAUGAAUCUUGGCAAAGCAUACCGUUUGCAAUUCACAAUUUUCUUUUGUAUAUUUUUUCUUGCGAUUGGUACUUUUGCGAUAAAAUGUACGUCUUCUCCAGAUCCUGCCAAACAAAAUAUUGAAGAUGCAAAAUGUGCAAAAGCCUUAGGAAAAGGAACUGUGUGCUCUAGUUCUGGUAAAACAGUGAAUAAUUGCAUUUAUGCUUGCCAUUCUGAUAACGAUUGCGUAAAAAGUUUAGGUAGCAAAUGUGAUAUAGGUGUGAGCCCGCAUUGGCUGUGUACAUGCAAUGUUCAAAAUGGUAAUGCUGAUUGUUAUGAAACUGGUAUGGGCUUUUGCAACGCUAAUUUUGACAACCAUUGUAUGAGUGAUUCACUGAACAGCAACGAUAUUAGUACAUAAUUUGGUUGCAAAUAAUUAUAAGAAUACAAGCAUAUUUAUGUUACGUUUAAGAUAAGUAGUUUAGAGAUAAAUUUCUGAUAGCGUGCGUGAAGCAAUUUA